AUUUUUUUCUACUUGUUUUUAUAGGAAAUGAAUGGUUUCUUUUUUUGGUAUCACCGAAAAAAAAAUCACGAUGAUGAUGAGUGUUUUGUGUGAAUCUUUUUCUCACAUUCAAUGGUAUAUAUCUGUCAACCAGGAAAAAAUAUAUCUAAGUGAGCAUACUCUGAAUAUAAUAAUAAUAAAUAACCAGAAAGAAAAAUAAGAUUGGUUUCAGAGUCUGUGUGUGUAUGACCAACAAAUGCCGUUAUGUUUGAUAUAACUACUGUUGUCCUCUUCUAUGACAUCCUAAACACACACACAUAGUAUAACCAAAAUAAAGUGAUUAAUAAUUGUAAUGAAUCGACAAUUAAAACAUCAUUGAAAUUAAAUAUAUUGUAAAACAACAUAUAGAGUGUUGCUGUUGAAUGGGACAAGCAAUAAAUGUGAAACAAUGAAAAUUUCCGUACAUGAAUUAUUAAAAGAACUAAUUGAGGUGGCAGAAAAAUCGGCAGAAAUAUCAAGAAUAUGUCGUGAUGAUAAUGAUGGUCUAUUCCGGAUAUUGAUACAAGAAAAGACAAAUAUUGAUAGCAAAAAUCCACGUUUUCAACAUGAUUAUAAAACAUUUGCCGAUGUUCUCAUACAGGAAAUGGCCAAAUUUCGUCUGGAAGCUAAGUUUCCAGGAUUUUCCAAACAAAUCUAUGGUGAAGAAAGUAAUCAUUUUCAAAAUCAAUUAGGACAUGACAUAUCGAUACAGAUUGGACAUGAUCAACAAAUUACCUAUGAAAUGUUUACACAAAUUCUUGAUUAUAAUACCAGUGUAUCACGAAAAUUAGUUCAGGUUAUUUAUUCAUCAUCAUCGUCAACAACAAACAAUAUUGUCAAUGAUAACGAUGAUUCAAUAAGUAUUGAGCUAUCGGAUAUUGCUGUAUGGAUCGAUCCAAUAGAUUCAACAUCUGAAUAUAUAAAAGGCCAAUGGAAUAAUUUAUGUGAUACAACACUAAUACCAAAAGGUCUUCAUUGUGUAACAUGUUUAUUUGGCGUAUUCGAUACAAGAUCUGGUACGCCAAUAAUCGGUGUAUGUAAUCAACCAUUUUAUCGGAAAUAUAAUGAUGGCUCAUAUGAAGGAAGAUAUAUUUGGGGCUAUAAUAUUGAUCAUGUUUGUCGUAAUAAUAUUGAUCGAUCAACAAUCAAACCUCAAUCGGAUAUCAUUUUAAUCGGUGGCAAAGAAAGUGCUGAAUUAAAAAAUAGAAUCAAUAGCUUUGCAAAAACAAUGUAUGUAGCUGGUGCUGGACAUAAAUUAUUGAAUGUAGCAAUGGGAAAAGCUGAUCUGUUGUUAACAUCUUCAAAAUCAACAUAUUAUUGGGAUACGUGUGCCAUUCAUGCUAUUUUACGAUCGAUUGGUGGUGGAAUCAUACCGUUUGAAAAUUUUAUCCACAUUAAUGAUUCUAACGAUGAUGACAUUGAUGAACAGUUGGAACAUUUACAAAUAAGAUAUAAGGAAAAAAUAAUGACCACCAAAAAUAUCGAAUGUAAUCAUUCAAAGGGUCUGAUCGCAUACAGAUCAAUUGAUACUGUACGUAAGACAUUGAAACUUCUCAAGACAUGAUCAAUUUUGUUGUUACUAUUAUUGUUGAAUUUCUUUCUUUUGAUGUUUAUUGUUAUUAUUGACAAACAAUAUAU